AUGUCGGACUUUGAAGAUGAGAUGGACGUUGAUGUCCCCGUCUCCAAGGACAUCACAUUCUCUUCCGAAGCGACCAAGGGCAAGCGCAGCGCCGCCAACCUACCAGUCGAGGCGGAAGACAGCCUGCCAUGGGUCGAAAAGUACCGGCCCGCCACGCUUGCCGACGUCUCCGGCCACCACGAUAUCCUCGCGACGAUCAACAAGUUUGUCGACAAGAACCGCCUGCCGCACCUGCUCCUCUACGGCCCCCCCGGCACGGGCAAGACGUCGACGAUCCUGGCGCUGGCGCGGCGCAUCUACGGCCCCGAGAACGUGAGGCAGAUGGUGCUGGAGCUCAACGCGUCCGACGACCGCGGCAUCGACGUGGUGCGUGAACAGAUCAAGACGUUCGCGUCGACAAAGCAAAUCUUCACGUCGGCGCGGAGCGGCAGCGGCAGCAGCUCGGGGGCGGCGGGUUACAAGCUCAUCGUGCUCGACGAGGCCGACGCCAUGACGAACACGGCGCAGAUGGCGCUGCGGCGCAUUAUGGAGAAGUACACGGCCAACACGCGCUUCUGCAUCAUUGCCAACUACGCGCACAAGCUCUCGCCGGCGCUGCUGUCGCGCUGCACACGCUUCCGCUUCUCGCCCCUCAAGGAGGGCGACAUUCGCGUCCUCGUCGACCGCGUCGUCGACGAAGAGGGCGUCCGCAUCCGGCCCGACGCCACCGACGCCCUCGUCCGCCUCGCCAAGGGCGACAUGCGCCGCGCCCUCAACGUCCUGCAGGCCUGCCACGCCUCGAGCACGCCGCUGCGCGGGCCCGGCGAGCCCAAGGUCCCCGACGCCCAGAUCGUCCGCGACCUCAUCACCACUGAGACCAUCUACCAGUGCAUCGCCGCGCCGCCGCCCGACGCUGUCCAGGAGAUCCUGCAGGCCCUGCUGAGCACGGCCGACGUCACGUCGUGCCUGUCGACCAUCAACUCGCUCAAGGUGGCGAGGGGCCUGGCGCUCGCAGACAUUAUCACGUCGCUGUCGGAGGAGAUUUACAAGUUGGAAGUUAAGCCCGAGGUUAUGAUUUCGUGGCUCGACGGACUGGCCAACAUUGAACAUCGUGUAGCCGGUGGAGCGGGCGAGGCGGUUCAGACUGGCGCCGUCGUGGUUGUUGUGAGAAGCGGUGUCGAGCUGAUGAACACGUAG